CGUUACUGCACUGGGAGGUUUUAAGUGCAGAGGAACUGGGCUGUGAACACACGGAGCAGCGGCAGCAGAAGAAGAUGGAGGCCUCCAGCAGCAGCUCUUCCUCCAGCUCGUCUACCUCCAUCAGAGACUUUACACACUCAGCGCUGCAGCUCGUGCACUGGAAAGAACCAAAGAAGUCGGCAGCUGCGUUCGGAGUGUCGCUGCUGGUUCUGGUCUCUGUGGCGACGCUGUCCGUCAUCAGCGUGGUGUCCUACCUGCUGCUCACUGUCCUCUGCAUCACCAUCACCUUCCGGGUUUAUAAAUCAGUGAUCCAGGCGGUCCAGAAAUCAGACCAAGGACAUCCAUUCAGGUCUCUGUUGGACAGGGACAUCUCCGUGUCCCCAGAGGCCAUCCGUCUGCUCGUUGAUCGUUGUCUGGUCCUCCUGAAUCAUUUCACAGAUACGAUGAGGAAGCUGCUGCUGGUGGAAGACAUGUUUGACUCUCUCAAGCUUGCUGCGGUCAUGUGGAUGAUGACGUACGUCGGAGCAAUCUUUAACGGAGUCUCCAUCCUGAUCCUAGCGGACAUUAUUUUCUUCAGCACACCGCUCAUCUACCAGAAGAAGAAGACACAGAUCGAUCAGUACAUUGACUUGAUUCGGUCCAGAGUGGAGGAGACGCUGCAGAAGGUGCAGGACCGGUUACCUGGAGCUGUGAGAAGAUCCAAAGCUGAGUGACCAGCUGACCCGCACACUGUGCUCUGAUUGGUCUGUCU